UAAUCGUAUCAAAUGAAAUCUGCCAUUGACUUCUAAUGUAUAAAAUCACGCACGAUACACACAACCUAGACUAAGAUAUAAAUUCGUGUGAUAAGCGUCCAAAACUAUAAAACUCAAUUGGUUUGUUUACGUUUUCAAUAUCGAUCGAUCUAUACUAGCUAGGGAAUUGCAGUAGGAUCCUUUUCGCUCUCCCUUUCGUGACAAAAGAAGACUAUAGUUGUUUCUAAGUAUUGAAAGCAAUAUGGAUCUUGACUUUCCGAUUUGUAUAUUAAAGAUGAAUUUCGAGUGUUCUGAAGACUUGCCUUCUCGGAUCAAGAAGCUUCUACGAAAAGUUGAAGGAGUUAAGGCCAUUAUCAUAGACCCGGUGAAGGGUCUUAUUUUGGUCUCUGGCACCGCACAACCGUCACUUCUCAUCAAAACCGUCGAAAAAAUUGGUCAAAGUCCACAACUUCUCGCCUACGAGCGUGAUCCAACUACGGUUCCGACCAAAUUCCGUUCAUUGCUUAAGCGUUACGCAAAGAAAAAGGGCCAAGAGAAACCAGCCUCUGAGCCCGCACCCACCACUGCCACCAACGCAGCGGAAACUUGUCCAGCGGGAGGUGACACUUUUAGAGGUUUCGGGUAUGCUGCACCACCGAAUGCGAUGCAGAUGCCAGCCUUCACGUUGCCGCCAAGGAUGGGACCGCCGGGAUGGUUAGCACCAGGUGAGAAACCCAGGUUGAUGGUAAAGUACGAGGAGCCGAAGGUAGCGACGAGGAAGCCGCCUGCUCCUUAUCCCUUUGAUUACUACGAAAAAUUGGGCUUUCCACCACACGACUCUCUUUGGAACAUUUUCAGCGAUGAUAACCCUCAACCUUGCACCAUCAUGUGACUAGGGUUUAACCCCUGAACACU